AUGGCUAUUUUAUUUCAAGUAUUAGGUACCAUUGUGGUAUGCUUCCUCACAAUGACCAUGGGCGUAAUGUUUGCCUGGCCGUCAUCAACACUAACACUCUUCAGAUCUGAAAACACAACACUACACAGAGUAAUGUCGGAAACAGAGGCAACCCUAGUGGGCAGUCUGUCCAGUAUAGGAGCUCUAUGUGGUACCCCGAUUGCGGGUUUCCUACUGGAUAGACUUGGGAGAAAACACACUGGCAUUGUGUUCUCUUUAUUGAGCGUGGUAUGCUGGACUAUGAUCGCAAGUAGCAAACGAGUGGAAAUGGUACUGGCUGCCCUAUUUGUAUCGGGGUUAGCUGGCUCCUCAUUUCUAGUCGUCCCGGUUUUCGUGGGAGAAUUCUGCCAGGAAUCUAUCAGGGGAUCCAUGGUGUCAGUGUCUUUACUCUUCUAUGGAGUGGGAAUGCUGCUUUCAUACCUGAUGGGAGGUUUUCUAUCUUACUGGCACAUGGUAUACGCAUCUCUAAGUCUAUCUAUCGCCAGUGUGUGUUUUCUGAUGAUUCUGAAGGAGUCUCCAACGUUCUUAUUGUCGAAGGGUUUGGAAAAAGCUGCAGCAGAGGCGAUAGCAUUCUACAGAAGCGCGAAGUCGAAUUCAAAGGAAGUCCUACAGGAGAUCACGUUGAUCAAACGGGUCCUCAACGCGGAUGCUGAUGCGGGGGCCACCCCAGAUGAGGAGAAGUUAAACCCAAUGGCGGAGAAAAAGAAGUUAUCCUUGUGGCAAUAUUUUAAGAAAUCAAGAUCAACCCGCCGUGCAAUGUUUGUAACGUUGGUUAUGAUGACCACGUCGAUAUUCCAAGGUCUGGUCGUGGUGCAGGUAUACGCCCAGCCCCUAUUCGCCGCCACUGUUCCAGAGAUGUCGGCCACGCUUGGCACCGUGAUAUUUGCCAUUGUUGGUGUCUUGGCUGGUAUUCCUGCUGCUUACAUGAUAGAUGCAUUUGGCCGUAAGCCACUCCUAAUAUACGCGUCCAUCGGCUGCGGACUGUGCUGUAUCAUUUGCGGGACCCAGAUACAUUUACAGUGGGGUCCAAACUACUUGACACCAAUAUUUAUAUACAUAUUUUGCGCUGUGUACACAUUCGGCGCUGGCAGUGUGCCUUUCGUGUUCUAUGCUGAGGUGUUUCUUCCAGAGAUCAAAAGUUACGUGAACAUGCUUGUAGUCGAGUGGGCUUGGCUGUGCAAUUUUCUCAUUCUGGUCAUCUUCGAACCAUUGGCCAGCUCCAUCGGCCUGGGACCUGUGUUCUACCUGUUCGCCAUUAUCUGCUUCUUUACAGCACUAUUCUGUACCAAGUAUAUGCCAGAGACCAAAGGACUGGCGGCAGAUGAAAUACAAUUAUUGUUCACACCCAAGAAAUAUAGACAGAAUGUUGAUACGUAUAAAUAA